AUUUUUUUUUAAAAAUGUGAAUUCUAAUUCGCCCUCUUUUUCCUUAAUUUAUUGUGUACAUACACAUUUACACGUUGAUAAUCCAAUCUUUAGUUUAAUACACUCCGAAUCAAUCGAUGCAGUAAGAAUAUAUUAUACCGCGCUGUAAAAAAUGGGGUGUAUUACUGGAAAGUUGGACAUGUAAACCAGCGUAGCGCACCCGGGACUAAAGAGCCAGCUAACAUGGUAAACAUUUUCAAACGACAACGUGAACGUUACGUUUCGGUAACAUAGUAAAGAGCGUGUGAGUGUGACCGGGAGCGCGGUAAAAAGGCGAUGAUGAGACGAAGUGGAGGUGCCGUGUCGUGUGUGUCACGGGCUCGGACACAGCGCGUGUGUGAGUGAGUCCAUCCCUCAGCGCCGUGGGCGUGGUGUGGAACGGGACACAAACAGCCGCACCGCCGGGGACCGCGCACUUCCUCCUCCUCCUCCUCCUCCUCCUCCAGCAGCCCGCAGCGCGCGGGGCUCCUCUCUCUGCUCCGCGUGCCCGUGGAUGCCGCGAGGGGAGCGACCACCCACACGGGACGAACCCGGCCGACGCAGCGCUCGCGUGUCGGUAGAUGGGGGACGGGCGCGCGGCCGACGCCGGGAACAGAACAGAAGCGCGUUCACGGUGCGGGCUGGACGCCGCGCCGACGGUUGAUGCUCCGGCUGGAAGCGUCUGAGAGCCCAGAGCCAUGAGCGGAGGGGAGAUCAUCUGCCAGGGGUGGCUGAGGAAGUCCCCGCCGGAGAAGAAGCUGCGCAGAUAUGCCUGGAAGAAGCGCUGGUUCGUCCUGCGCAGCGGGAGGAUGAGCGGCGACCUGGACGCCCUGGAGUACUACAAGAAUGAGCGCUCCAAAAAGCCAAUUCGUGUCAUUGACCUGCACUGCUGCGAGCAGGUGGACGCUGGCCUCACUUUCAAGAGGAAGGAGUUCCAGGACAGCUUCGUGUUCGAUAUCAGGACCGCUGACCGCACGUUCUACUUGGUGGCCGAAACCGAGGAGGAGAUGAACAAGUGGGUGCGGGGCAUAUGUCAGCUGUGUGGCUUCAACCAGUCAGAGGAAAACCACGAUACAGGGCGCACGGCAGCACCAACAGCCCAUGCACCCCGCUCCUUGGCCACUGACCUGAGCGGAUCCCUGAGGUCUUCCUGCGCCACCCACUCGAGCCAGCCAGUCCUGUUCACAUUCGACGUCCCCGUGCUGCACUCCCAAGGCCCCCUGUCCAACAGCGUUCCACAAGACUACCUCUUCCUCCACCAGUGCAUGAGCAGAAAGACAGAGAGCACCAGGAGUGCUAGCUUCUCCCAAGUUUCACGGAGCAGCCUCGUGAUGGGUGGAGACUCGGUGGGGCAGAGGGCCUCCCGUGGAUUCUCCCACUGCCUCAGCGGCAUGGGUGCCCAGCUGCAUGGUUUCUGCAGCCUGCCCAAGCCAAACAGACCACUGGGCCAGCUGUCACCUGCCCAGGCCGAUGCCACACGGGACACCUGCUAUGACCUCCCCAAGGAGCGUAGCGUGGAGACGCAUGGCCGCAACUGGGAGGCUGAGGAGCUGUACUCCUUCAAAAUGCCCAAUAACGUCCUUGCGGGGUCACAUCGUGAUGUCGAUGGCGGUGGGGGAAGUGACCGCCCGCCUGACAACCGUGACCCUUCCACAGCACCUGGAUCCUUCUACCAGAUCCCCCGUGCCUUCGACAAGAACCACAACGCCCUGGCACUGGGAGGACCCGAGUCUCCUGGAACGCCCCCUCCUCGGCCCCCGAAACCCAGCCAUGGUGCAGGGCAGCGUUGGGGGAGCCCGAAAUCGCUUGGUGCGCACAACGGGGAGCCAGUUCCCGUGUCUGUCGCCCCUCGGAGAAACACCCUGCCUGCAGUAGAGAACAUCAGACUCCACCGAGGAUCCUCAUUCGAGAAUAAUGACCCCCAACGACAGUUCUACUUGAAUAAUUCUGGGCAGUCAGUGGACUUUGUGAAUGAAGGCUUCAACUCGUACAUGAGAAAGAAGACCCCUCUAACCCGCUCUGAGAGCAGCGACUCUGAAGACAACUAUGUGCCCAUGAACCCUGGCUCCACCUCGCCGCCUUCCAACUCUGCCCUAGCGGACAGUCCGCAGAACGUCUACAUCCCCAUGAGCCCCGGGCCACAGCACUUCAACUUCCCCGGCUUCUCUGCAACGCUGCCAACCCGGAAAGCCAGCUCGACCUCCCCUUGUCAACGGCCUGGGCGCUUGAGCGACGUCAUCCCUCCCCCCAUCAACCGCAACCUCAAACCUGACCGGAAAGCAAACCCAGUGCCCCUGGAUCUGAGAAACAAUGGCAUCAUCGACGAGCUGCCAUUUAAGAGUCCCGUCACUAUGUCAUGGACCAGGCCUGUGCCCAUCAUGAACUCGGUCUCCCUCCAGCACUGCCGGCCCGCCUCCACGCAGAGCAUCACCAGCACAGACUCCGCAGACAGUGAGGAAAACUAUGUGGCGAUGCAAAACCCAGCAUCUACCUCACCAGCUGUGAGUGGCACCAGCAGCCCGGCCCCCAGGAAGAGUGGCAAUGUGGACUACCUGGCCCUGGAUUUCCAGCCCAGUUCCCCUAGCCCCCAUAGGAAGCCUUCUACAUCUUCUGUGACAUCGGACGAGAAGGUGGAUUAUGUCCAGGUGGACAAAGAGAAGACCCAGGCCCUCCAGAACACCAUGCAGGAGUGGACGGAUGUCCGACAGUCUGCUGAGUCCGUGAAGGGCAUCAAGUCCUGACAGAGGGCCCGAAUCUUACUGGCCACUUGGGGCAAAAUUCAAGACCGUGACACAGUGCUCCCGCCUCAUGUGCAUGUUCCUCAUGCUGCCAGAGUGACUUCAUACUGUUACUGUGGAGAUGGACACACGAGAGGGACUUAACCAAUGUGACUCUUAAGCCAUAGCAAAAUGCUGAGUUUAAAGCCAUAGCAAGUGCUACUUCCUAACAGCCAUUGACAGCAUCCGUUUGCUUUGCGCAAAGUCACACAGUACAAGAUGGCCCAACUCAUUAACAGGUACAUAUUGCUUUCUGGGUAUGGCACGGAUGGAGAGAGAAAAAGAAACUCAGUGAUCACAUGACUGUGCUACUGAAUUUCAUCAGCCUUAUACAAAUGGUUAGGCAUGCAAUGCAAACAAAAGGUUGCCAAGGUAACAGCCAGCCUGUAAUUAAGAGAUGUAAUUAAAAAGAAGUGCAAGCUCUACAGAUGCUCUACAGUACAAACAGUUCUCUUCUUUGAUAGUCAUGCAUUGUGUACUGCUUUAUUUAGGAGGUCAGCAGAUUACGGCCACUAUUCACUAAGGAGGGUCUUUUUCCUUUCUAACACUGCCUAAAUGACAGGCAUCAAGAGGCAAAACCUUUGAGUCGUAUUGAACUCAUUGACUUUGGAGGAGGAAGUCUGGAUACAAAGGAAAUAUUUACACGCUAUAGUCUGGGAACUGGAUGUGCUGCAUAUAUUCCAUGGAACACUUUUCACUGAGAAGUGAAGUCAGUGCAGCUGUAUAAGUGUGGUUAUACAUUCCUAGAACAGAAAAAAAAAA